AUGGACGUGAAGAAGAGUAAAAAGAAACCAGAAUUGAAUGAACAGUUAUUUGUUGGAAAUUACAUUGAUGUUUUCCAUCAAGGAAGCAAGUAACAUAAGUUGGCAUACAUUUUGUAAAAAAAUGAAAAAGAAAUUGAAAUUACAUAUGAUGGUAUGUCUAAGAAGGAAAAUGAGGUAUGGUGUAUGUCACUUAAGUAUUCUAGAUAAUCAAAUUAUCACAAAAUAAGAUCAACUUUGCUCGUAGAUUCACUUAAAGUAUAUAAUUAUUUACAUAAAGACUACACUGGGGAUGAUUUCAGAUAAAGCAAGACUUCACGAGAUUACCUAAAAUACUCAAGAGAGGAAUGUGAAAAAUAUAUCAAGGAACUAAAUUCAAUAAUGUAAAAUAAUUUUCAAGGUCUUUCACCAAUUGAAAUAUGUUUAUCUGUGCGUGUGAGACAAUUCAUUUGGUUAGAUAUGGUGCUCUCUAGUGAAUUUUCAUCAAAAGAAUUACCUAUAGCAUUGGAAUACAUUAAAACUUACUACAACUUCAUUAAGUGGUAUUUCGAACAAUUUCCUAAGUACUUUGCAGAUGUAAGCUAAUAUUCUCAUUAACUCAGUAUAUGAGAUUCCAAAACAAUUAAGAAUUGUACAUCCUAGAUGAAAGAGUCUCAAUAGCAGCUUGUCUUUAGGAAGUAUGUGAAGCCUUCUGCAUGCUAUUUGGUUCCAUUUGGCGAGUGUUGAAGUAAGAAAACUCUUUUUUCUAUGUAUUCCUAUAUAAUUUAACUUUAAGCUAAACUAUGAGAAUUUGUAAUAGUAAUUGGAUAAAUUCUUUCCUUCCUAAAAUUAAUAAGGCUUUGCUUAAAAUUUGAAUAUUGAUGACUGGAAACUUUAUUAAGGUGCAUCAGAUAUUAUAAAAUGUAUUAAAAAGACAUGGCCAUUUUAUUUAAAAACUAUGUCAUAUUUCAAAUAAAUAGGAGGACUUUAAGCAUGGGAAGGAUUAUUGAAACCUUAAGAAAAUGGUGAAUAUAAUUAUAUUCCUCUUAAAGCUAUGAAUAGAAUAGUAAUAACAUAAUAAUACUUAUCUUCAUAUUUUCAAUUACCUGAUUAGGCUUAAAUGGCGAGAAAGACAUUUGAGUGGUUGUAAAAUAGAGUUAAUAAUAUGACUGUAUAAGAUAUAAAAGAUACAGAUAUAGAUUAAAUUAAAGAGCUCACAUCAGAAUAUUAAUAUUACUUUUAAAAGGGAUUUACAGAAGAAUAAUUAAUUAAAUUGACUGAUGAAAUUUAAUUAUAAUUGGCUUUGAAAUUUUUAAAGUCUUCAUUUUUAGAAAAGAGAGUUAAAGGUAUAAGUGAAAUAAAGGAUUUUACUGAGAGAUCUAAAUAUGAUGAAUAAACAAAUCUGAAAUUCAGGUGUUCAAUUAGUAAAGAUGAUUUGAUUAGAUGGAUAACAUAAAAUAAAAUUUUAGAUUACACUUUAUUAGGAGAUUCUGUUCAUCCAGAAUUAAUAAAAAGAUCAAGUGAUAUUGCAGUAUUUUUAUGUAGGAAUUAAACAUUCCAAAUUGAUUAUAUUGAUAAAAUAUGGAUUAAUAAUCAUGAUAAACAUGAAACUACAUAAUUGGCUUUAUAUGAAUUCUUUAAGAGUGUAUCACCUUAUUUGAAUUUUCAAGGAAUUGAAAAACUAUAUAAUCACAUCUCUGCUAUUCCAUAUUCUAAAUAUAAUGAAAAUAUUGUUAGCAUGAUUAAAACAUUUACUGAAUCAGCAUUAUCUUAGAAAUUUCAUGAACAAUAAUUAUAAUUAAUACCAGAAAAGAGAUUCAUGACAUUUAAUUAACUUUGGGAAUUAUUGUAAGAUAGGGAUGAUCAAUUAACUAAUAGUGUUAUUUAAGAAUAGUGUUUUUCUGCUGCCAGACUCAUUAUUUCAUAAAUUCCUUAAACUAAAUAAUUUAUCUCAUAAUAUUUUGGCAAAUGUUUUGAAUUAAUUGGUAGUCAUUAAUCUGUCUAUUAAGCUAUUAGUUUUGUACAUUAUUUUCUUGAUAAAUAAUUUAAAGAUAAUAUGAUUGGCAAAAGAGAAUUGAUUCAAUCUACUGAUGAUAAAUAUAAUAUUAUUGAACUCUUUGUAAAAGAUAUAGAAGUAUAUAUGGAAAAGGUUAGACAAUAUUUUAAAAAUGAAAUACCUUAAGACAUUAUAAUUAAUGGAGUAUAAAAGUUUAGUUAAAAUGUUUUCUUCAGAUUAUAAAUGUUAAAUUAUCUCCUUUCAUAAACUCAUCUUAAGAUUACUUAUGAAUAAAGUGUUAGAUUAUGGGAUGCUCUCUCUUCUAAAACUAAAGGUGGUAUCCAAAAGAAAGAAUUAAAUAAGAUAUUAAUAACCAAUUAUUAAAUAGAUAUUAAUUCUAUUAGAAUUUCUCCAAUCUAUUUUGAUAAAGAAGGUGAAGCUAAAUUCUUUAAAUAGGUCUUAUGUAAUCCUGAUAGAAAUGAUUAUGAAAAGUAAUAUCUUUCUAAUUUAUUAUUAGCUAUACUAUUGAAGAUUUUGAAUUAUUCCAAGUUUUCUUUAAAUCAUUUAAUCAAUCUCAUCAAACCUUGAAAUAUUUUAACAACUCUUCCAGAUUCUUAGUAAAUGAUCAUAAUUUUGAAGGGAAAUCUGCCAUUUGGCAUAUCUUUGCUAAAGUUAAGGAUCAAUUAUUAUUAGAAUAAAUGUCCUUCUUUAUUAUUAAUCUAUAUACAUAACUAAAUUCAAAUCUUGAUUAAUAAUGUGAUAGAAUAUAUUAAGAAAUGAUGGACAAAUGUUUAGAUUUGAUAUAAUAAUAAUGUCCAAGUUUAACCACUAGAUCAAUUAAUCUUUUAUUACAAUUAUUCAACUAUUUCUAGAGUGGCCCUCCUUCUAAGAAAUCUACUAAACCAAUUAAUUAUACUCAAUUCAAAGUUUAAAUAUAGUAACCUAAUAAUAUGGUUAAGUAUCUUGAAUUCAAAGAAGGUGAUACUACUACUAUCAAUUAAUGGAAAUAAAAAUUAGCUGAAGAAUUAUAAGUUGCAUAUUUACAAUUAGAUAUUACAAUAGAAAAUAGACCAAUUGAAUAAUAAUAUGAUAUUGUUGAAACUUUUGUAAGUCAAGCAUUUUAUUAAUUAGCUACUGUGAAAGUAAAGAUUAAUAAUAAGAAUCAUCCUAAAAAUUAUCUUUCUUAAGAAUAACGUACAUUUGAAAUAUUAUUUAAAUUAUUAGACAAAUAAGAAAGUAUUGAAUUUUUAAGUUAAGUUUGGGAUUUAAUAAAUAGAUUACCAAUUAAUAUAAUAAAAAAAAGAUAAGUAGAAAAUUGUAAAGAUUGGAAAUAAUACUUAGAUUAUCAAUUCUUUGAUAUGUUUUAUAUAUUAUAAAUUAUAUAAGCAUUAUUGGAAAAUGAAUAAUGGAGUGAAUAAUUUAAUAAUUUUGAUGGUGUAGAUUUAGUUAUUUUAAAAUUUUUAGGAUAACAAUUAUAAUUUUAAUAACGUCCUCUUGAAAUCAAAUGUUGUUUGACUUAUUUAGAAAUAUUAAGUUAUCCAAAAAUCAAAAUUAAAGAACCUCAAUUUAUUGAAUAAAUUAAAUAAAAAAUUAUAGAAGUUAUUCAAUAAUUAUGUUAAUACAUAAAAACCAAAAAAAAAUUAGAGUCUGGAUAAAGAAAAUCACCUUAAUAAAAAGAAAUGAAUGAAAUUGAAUCUCGUUUACUUAGAAAAUGCUUUUUCUUUUUAGAUGAAGAAGGAUGUAGAUAAUAUAUUUAAAAUUCUGAAUUAAAUUAAUAACUUUAUACUUUUUUUGUUGAACAUGAAAAUUAAGAAUUAAAAAGAGAAUAUAGUUUAUAAUUAUUAAAUAUGAAAAAUACUCCAGAAAGCUAAAUAUUAAUAAAAAUAGUAUUAGAAGAUGUUUUAAAAAAUGUAAUAUCAAAUAAAAAAUUAAGAUGUGAUCAUUUCUUUGAAUUUUGUUGUAAUUUAAUAUAUCAAGAGUAAAAUUUGGAUAUUCCUAAAUUAAAUUUUGAAGAAUUAUUAAUUUAUAUUAGAUAAAACUUGGAAUAAUUACCUUAUAAUGAAAAUACAGUAAAAGAUUAAGAUCAAAUUUUGAUUGGAUUACUUAAAUUGUUAAAUACAUUAAUAGAUAGAAUUGAGUCACUUUCAACUCAUCAAGGUUUAUUUGAAUAAAUACUAAGUUAUUUAUUUGAAAAUGAAGGAGAAACAAGAUGUAAAUGUAAAUCACAAUUAUCCAGAACUGCUGGUUUCAAUUGUUUCUUUACUUUAUUGAAAUCUCCAUAAAAUAUGUAAAAAUUCUUAGAUGUAGUCUCCCCUCUUCAUUAUACACAUACAUGGAGAACAAAGAAUUUCAAUGAUUGGAAUAUUCAAAGUAAAUUUCAUGAGAAAUCAUCAACUGGUUAUGUUGGUCUAUAUAAUUUAGGAUGUAUUUGUUAUAUGAAUUCUUUACUUCAAUAAUUGUAUAUGGUACCUGCUUUUAGAGAAAAACUAUUAUAAGUUGAAGAUAAAAGUACAGGUGUAUUAGAAGAGAAUUUAUUACAUUAAUUAAAGUGUUUAUUUUUGGCUCUUAAACAUUCAUAGAAAUAAUAUCAUAAUCCAAAGAAAUUCUGUCAUGCAUUCAAAGAUUUAGAUGGAAAUCCAACUAAUAUUUUUGAAUAAAUGGAUGUUGAUGAAUUUUGUAAUUUGUUAAUGGAUAGAAUAGAAUUAAGCAUCAAAUCAACUUCUGAUGAAGAUUUAGUUAAAAGAAAUUUUGGAGGAGUGAUAUCUAAUGAAAUAAUUGGAAAGACAUGUCCUCAUUAUUCAGAAAGAGAAGAACCAUUCUUUGCUAUAUCAUUACCAGUAGCUAAUAAAAAGAAUUUAGAAGAAUGUUUAUAAACAUUAGUUUAAGGUGAUUUAUUAGAAGGAGAAAAUGCAUAUAGUUGUGAAUAAUGUAAUAAAAAGGUGAGUGCUUUAAAGAGAACUUGUAUUAAAAAGUUACCUGAUCAUCUAAUUUUAGUUUUGAAGAGAUUUAAUUUCGAUUUUGAUUUAAUGGCAAAAGCUAAGAUAAAUGAAAGAAUAGAAUUUCCAUUUGAAUUAGAUCUUUUACCUUAUUCACAAUAAGGACUUAGACAAUAAGAGAAUAGAGCUAACCCAUAAAAAGAAUAAGAUAAUCCAUAAGAAUAUUAUUAAUAUAGAUUAACUGGAGUUGUUAUUCAUAUAGGUUCAGCUGAUUGUGGACAUUAUUACUCAUUCAUUUAAGAUAGAAAUGAUUUCAACAAAUGGUAUGAAUUUAAUGAUAUAAAUGUUUUACCUGCAGAUAUCAAGGAUGUCAAAAAUGAUGGUUUCGGAGGAGUUGAUAGAAUGCUAAAAACUAAAUAUCCAAAUUAGUUUAAAGAUAAGUCAAAAAGUGCCUAUAUGCUUUUUUAUGAGAGAAUUAAACCAUUAAAUAAUUAAGAAGAAUUGAUGGAUAUUGAAUUAGAUUAAAAGACUUUUCAAUUUUUAGAUGAAAUAAAAGAUGAAAAUAGAAAAUUCUAGAUUUAGAGAUUUAUUUUCAGUCCUGAAUAUUUCAUUUUUAUUUAAAAUUUGAUAAAAUUUGAAUUGUAAUCAAAUAAAGUAUCAGAACAAAUUGUUAAAACAUUAGUUUUCUUUUAUUUGACUUGUGCAGUAAGAGAAAAUGACAAAACUUUCAUUUCUAAUAAUAUUUAGGAUAUUUAAGAACUUUUAAGAAGAGCUCCUAAUACAUGUGAAUGGUUAUUAAAAUGUUUUAAUUAAUAUCAUUAUAUAAGAGAAUUUUAAUUUGAUUGUUCAAAGAAAAUGGUGAGAAAGUUUGUAAUUACUUUGAUAGUGACAGCAAUAGAAACAGUUUAAAAAUAAGAAGGAUAUAAAAUUUUAUAAGAAUAUAUAGAUGAUAAACCAAAGUCUUUGGUUGCCUCAUUAAUUAAUUCUUGGAUUAAAAUGAUUCCAGAUUUAAAGAAGAGUCUUAAAAAUUCUAUUGAAUAUUAUGAUCUAUUUUAUAGAUUUGCAAAAUUAAGUUAAUAAAAUUCAUAAUAUUUGAUAUCUAAGAAAAUAGUUGGAAAAUUCUUGGAUCUAUUUAUAGAUGCAUUAUAAAUUAAUAUAAGUAAAAUAUAAAUACCAAAUAAAGAAAUUGCAAGAAAAUUGGAUGAUCUUAAUGUAAUUAAAUUUACAGAAGAUCAAAAUAAUUUAUUAGGAUAUUAAAAUAUUUAAAAUGUAGAUAUAGCAUCUAAUUAUUAUGAUGAAUUACUUGAAAAGAAAUUUGAAAAAUCUAUGAAUUCUGGUCCAUCUACAAGUAGAGUUUAUAUGUGGAGAUUAAUUGCCUUUUUACUUAAGACUGAAGGAAAGAAUGCUUUGAGUAUGGAAGAAUAAAAUCUCUUGUAAUUUGAUAAUCCUACUUUAAUGGCAAUUUUGGAGGAAGGAGAUUGUAAAUUAGCCAUUAGGAUGAUAUCUGACAUUCUUUCAGUUCUAUCUUAUGAUAAUUAAAAAUAAACAGAUUUAAUUAUUACAGCAAUUAUAAAAUAAAUAAUGGAUAAAGAAUAUAAGGAAUAUAGAAAAUAUUUGGUUGUUUUAAAAAGAUUAUUCACAUUAAAGGAUUCUCUACAAUAAAUGAGAGUAAUUAUAAUAAAUUAUUUAAUUAGAUUAAUUAAGGAAUGAGUAAACUAUUAGAAAUUAUGCAAAAAUAAUCUCAAUAUUUCUUUGAAACUGAUGUUUGUUAAUAAUAUAUUUUGAGGGUAUUUAUAUAUAUAUUAAAAUAAAUUUUUAGAUGGUUUUUAGAAAUCAAGCAGUCUAUUAAUGGAUGGUUAAGAAUUAAAGAGCAUGGUAAUGGAUUAUUGAAACAAACAAUACAUAAGCAAAUCCAAAUGAGAAACUAAUAUCAAAUAAUUCUAAUUCUUAAAAAUGUAAUCACAGAUUGCAUAACAUAUAUUUGCCUAUUACAUCCUAAGGUUAUGCCAAAUUAUUGAGUUGGAAAAAAUAACAAUAUUUGAAUCUGACCAAAGAACCAUUUAAAUAAAAUGAAGAUUUUGAUACUGAUGAUGAUUUAACAGAAAAAAAUAUUAAAGUGGAUGAAAAAAUAGAUUAUUAGUAAAUAAAUUAUUAAAUUCUUUUAGUGAUUAAAAUUAAUGGCUUAAUGCAACUGUAAGUAAAAUUAUGGGUGAUUAUGUUCAUUUGACUUUCAGUGGUAAAAUGACACCUCAAAAUAUUGAUAUAGAAUUAGAUAAUGAAAGAUUGGCUCCAUUUAAUACAUUAUCAUCCAACAAUAAAAUUCCAGGUAUUAUAUAUAUAAUUAAUAUUAAUAGGAUAUAAUAACAAUAAUUAAGAAAUGACAUUUGAACUUUAAUCUGAUCCUGAUAAUGAUACUGAAGAGGGUAAUAAUAAUUCUAUUAAUUAAACUGAUUCAGAUGAAGAGUGAAA